AUGUAUGCCACUGGAACCUGUAUGUGUGCCACUGGAACUUAUAUGUAUGCCACUAAAACCUCUAUAUAUGCCACUGGAACCUAUAUGUAUGCCUCUGGAAUCUAUAUGUAUGCCGCUGGAACCUGUAUGUAUGCCACUGGAACCUCUAUGUAUGCCACUGGAACCUAUAUGUAUGCCUCUGAAACCUAUAUGUAUGCCACUGGAACCUAUAUGUAUGCCACUGGAACCUAUGUGUAUGACACUGGAACCUGUAUGUAUGCCACUGGAACCUGUAUGUAUGCCACUGGAACCUAUGUGUAUGCCGCUGGAACCUGUAUGUAUGCCACUGGAACCUCUAUGUAUGUCACUGGAACCUAUGUGUAUGCCGCUGGAACCUGUAUGUAUGCCACUGGAACCUGUAUGUAUGCCACUGGAACCUAUGUGUAUGCCGCUGGAACCUGUAUGUAUGCCGCUGGAACCUAUAUGUAUGCCACUGGAACCUGUAUGUAUGCCCGUGGAACCUAUGUGUAUGCCGCUGGAACCUAUGUGUAUGCCACUGGAACCUGUAUGUAUGCCACUGGAACCUAUGUGUAUGCCACUGGAACCUGUAUGUAUGCCACUGGAACCUAUAUGUAUGCCACUGGAACCUAUAUGUAUGCCACUGGAACCUGUAUGUAUGCCACUGGAACCUAUGUGUAUGCCACUGGAACCUAUGUGUAUGCCACUGGAACCUGUGUGUAUGCCACUGGAACCUGGAUGUAUGCCACUGGAACCUAUGUGUAUGCCACUGGAACCUAUGUGUAUGCCACUGGAACCUAUGUGUAUGCCACUGGAACCUGUGUGUAUGCCACUGGAACCUGUGUGUAUGCCACUGGAACCUAUGUGUAUGCCACUGGAACCUGUGUGUAUGCCACUGGAACCUGGAUGUAUGCCACUGGAACCUAUGUGUAUGCCACUGGAACCUAUGUGUAUGCCACUGGAACCUAUGUGUAUGCCACUGGAACCUGUGUGUAUGCCACUGGAACCUGUGUGUAUGCCACUGGAACCUGUGUGUAUGCCACUGGAACCUGGAUGUAUGCCACUGGAACCUAUGUGUAUGCCACUGGAACCUAUGUGUAUGCCACUGGAACCUGUGUGUAUGCUACUGGAACCUGGAUGUAUGCCACUGGAACCUGUAUGUAUGCCACUGGAACCUGUAUGUAUGCCACUGGAACCUAUGUGUAUGCCACUGGAACCUAUGUGUAUGCCACUGGAACCUGUGUGUAUGCUACUGGAACCUGGAUGUAUGCCACUGGAACCUGUAUGUAUGCCACUGGAACCUGUGUGUAUGCCACUGGAACCCGUUUGUAUGCAGAAACCAACUUAGAGAAAAAGGACAUUAGAGAACGUGUAGCAAAAUACAUCAUUCUACCACCUACCUUGGAGAAGUACCCGAGACCGUUUCCCCUUGAGACCUGCCUCCCGCCCCUGGUCCGUCUGCCCAGUGGCAAGCACCUAGAGCACCAAGGACACUCCAGUCUAACACAAUGA